GCAAUUGUUAGAAGAAAAUGCGACCCAAUGUCCGUGAGUCAACUUGGCAUAACAGCUAGAGCCGUCUUGGUGGUGGGACGCGAGACUCCAACUGAAAAAUAACUGAAGCGGUUUUAAUUGUUUUACCAAAAACCCGCGGCUUAUUAUGGUGCAACCGGUUUGAGUAUCGUGGAUCUGCGUUUAAUAUUUUCUUUUAGUUAUUUUGCGUAAGAUGGACAGAGCAUGUUGGUUAGUUCUUAUGAUUUUUCUUACAAAGUGCGCCUCAGGGUCCGGCAGUGAAAAUGGGCAAAUCAAACAGGAAAAUGCAAAGGAAGACUCAGUUUCCACUCAAUCCUGGCGAGGAUCACUCACAAUGUAUCCCACUGUUGCUGCCUGGUCGUUGCAAACUACAAUCCCUUUUGCUUCUCAUAAUUCAGUGUCAGCACUAAUCGAAAAAUCAGACGAUGAAGGACGAGGCGGCAAAAAGUCAGGACUCAAGAAGAAAAUGAAGAAAUACAUGAUGCCCUUGCUCAUCGCCUACAAACUGAAGUUCUUCACCUUGAUCCCAGUUAUGAUUGGCGGCCUAAUUCUUCUCACAGGAGCCACAGGAUUGGCCGGAUUCUUUUUCGCUCUAUUCGCAGCAGUAAUGGGACUGAAAAGCGGACAUCAAGAACAUUAGUUUCAUUGUGGUGGUUCAGUUUCCGAUAGGACUUUUCAAAUUCCUUAACCAUUCAACCUGUUCAACCUUAGCAAAAUAAUGUUCAGUUUAUGCUCAUGCCCCGAAAUCGUAAAUAAUUCCACAAACUAACGGCAUUUGAUAUUUAUGCGAGAUUCAAACCGUUGUAUAAGAUUGACAGCAAACAGUUCAUUCAGCACCAGCUGUUCGAUGUGCAUGCUUGUAAAGUAUUCCAAUAUGGUUAAAGGAUCAGCAAUCGGCACAUUGCCUGCAUUCAGAACCUCAGGCAAAAAUUUAAGCCUCAAUAGAUAAAUCACCGUCCAAUUGUCACUAAACAUGAGUGAAAUGCUGCAAGAAUUUAAUUAAAUUAAUGCCUAAACCUGGUCUUUUUCUGUGUAAAUGGAUGUACAUCGUGAUGAGUCGUUAACGUUUUCUGGGAGCUAGUUAAAGAUCAGUGGCGACAGUUUUGUAAAUUACCUAGACGGGACACAAGAUAAAUUGGUUAACUGGUUAUACUUUUCUAGGGCGCGCGUUCUUUAUAGUUUCUGCUUGCGUAAAUUGAAGAGUUUGGGAAAACACGGUAUCCAAAAGAAGUUGUUGUUUCAUUUGUAAUUGCUCUAUUUGUCUGCAAAAACCCGAAACAUGUGUUGGACUAAAAAUCCAAUUAAUUGAAAAAUUUAAGAAUAUUUCAACAAGUAAACUACAGAUUAAGUAGAAAAUCCCCAAUUUUUCACAUUUUCCAGCUUAAGACCGAAGAGGAAAAAAUAACAGGAACUUUUAAUCACUUCUAAUCCUGCGAAUUUUACUAAAACUGUUUUCCUGAUAUGACGCGUUUCAACAGCACUGACAAAAUGAACUGAAGAAAUAUAUUCAACCUACAUUUAACAUUAAAUUCUUAAUUUGUUAAUCUUAUUUUGUUAAUUCCUACCUAUAUCAGGUAACCUAAGGUGUGUACAUAUUUAUGUUUAUGAUUGAUAAAAUUCAGAUAACUGUGUCUGCAAUGGAUUCAUUAUUGCUUAGGCAGCCAGUAAUUUUUAAGAAACUGUACACUCAAAAAUUAUUUAGUUAUUAAAAGCGCGUUGUAUUAAUCAUAUCCCAAUACUUUUGUCGGCUUAUCAGUAAUUUAAAAUAUGCAGCAAAAUAAAAAAUUGAGGGUAUUCAGAGAUAGUUACAAUUUUAUUUUAGCAGUAUGUACGAUGAAAAGUAUAAUAGAAAACUUCAAGUAGUUAAAAGUU